CUUCCACAUAAAGAGAAUGCUCACAAACAAACCGAAAAAAGAUGGUAAGAUAAUCAAUAAUAGGUAUAAUAAACGCAAUUAUUUUGUCCUUUUAUUGCCGGUAGGUAAGAUAUAAACAUUAUAAGGCGUAUAGAACGACUAAAGAAAUAAUUGGUUUUCUUGACUUUAUAGUUAUUAAAAAAUACUUUCAUAAACCUGCGAGAGUCGUAAAACAAAUUAAAUUCUUUAUUUAUGACCUCCCAAUCUCUAGGGCGAUGGAUAAAUCGAGCUAAGUAAUAAAAUAGCAGUAAAAGAAAUGAUUCACAUCAUAUUUAUAAUAGAAGCUUGCUUGGACACAAUGAAUUAGUUUUAAUACUUUUAUAAUAUGAAGGUUUCAAUUAUUAUUAUCGCUGUGGUUGUCAUCACUACACAAUCUACAUAUAUAGGAUCCGCGCCAUAUAAGCCAAAAAUACAAAUAUAUGAAAUCCACGAAAAUCCCACAUGGAAAGAUAAUUCCAAUCCAAAACCCAAAACCAGAAUUAUUCCAUCGACGCUUUUACCAGGAAUAGAUCUAGAUAACAUUGACAAACCAAAGAUUUUAAUCUUCCCAAUACAUAAAAAUCUAAACCAAAUACCUGAUGUAUUCAAGGAACUUAUUAGAAAAAAUAUUAAAGAUAAAAGUGAAGCGAGUGAUACAACAAAUAGUCUUGAAGUUAGGAAGAUGAUCCUGAAUAAGUAUGAAGGUGAUACUAGUGAUAGUGACGAUGAUAAUGAUUCUGAAAGAUAUAAAGAUAAAUAUAAAUUUAAUAGUGAUACCAGUGAUGGUGCUGAUGAUGGUGAUGGUGAUGAUGAUGAUAUUGGUGAUGAUGAUGGUGAUGGAAAUACUAGUGAAGAUUCAAACAAAGAUUUUGUAGAUGAAACACGUUCGAGAUCAAGAUUGAGGAAAGGAAAGAAAGAAAAUCUUCAUACGGCACAGAUGAGUAAUAAUGUGGUAUUUUUUGUCUGAUAAAAUUUGUAUUUAUUUGCAAAUUUCAAUAAACUCACUGAGACAGGAAAUUAGAAAAACUUAA